GCGCAUCUUCCUCGGAUUAGCACGAUGCGAUAACCUAGGAGAAUUAUCUAUCCUAACUCUGAAAUUAGUGGGAAAACAGGUCUUUAUAGCUGCCACCCUAGAGAGAAGAUGAUGGCAAACCAAAUGGCAAACGCGAGGUAUAUUCCCCCGACUCCAUUGGCGACGGCAAGGACCGAGGAAAGACUAAGAGAAUUUGUGGGCAUAUGUUACAUGCAAGGAGUUUGUCCGGACGAUGCUUCGUUGGGGGAAGUUAUUGAGGAUGCAGAGGGGAAACGCUUUGUGGUCAACGGUCAAGUCAACGCAGUUAAGGAAGUAUGGUUGAAGGACCACACAGUCAUAGUCACGUUCCAAGGAGGAGCAAGGCACUUGUCAAGGCAAGUGAAGGAAGACUUGAUUAGGGCAUACGAAGAUGGGUGGUUCGUGAGAAGACUUUUUGGUCCAGGUGCAGAGCGAGGGAGGGUAAAGUUUGAAGGAGCAAAUGUGGCUUCAUACGUUGCUAGGUCGGAGCAAAUCACCACCUGGCUUCUCCAACAAAAAGAGUUGAAGAUCAAGCUUCAAGAUGCGGAGGAGUACGUAGUCACAUUCAAACCUUGGCUCCCCUUGCAGGAACUGAAAGCAAUGAAAUUACAAGAAGCUGAGAUGAAAUUCUGGAUAAUGGCACUGCGGGUCCCCCUGGAUGGCUAUUACUAUUUGCGGAGCACGGUUCAAGGGAUGUUUGGUGACGUGCUUCUGAUGCAUCCUCCAGAAUACGAUAGCUCGAGGCCGAAACUAAUGAACGUGAAGUUUGACAUGUCGCCCGAGGUCCGAGAGAAAGUUGACAACGUGUUGACCAUCGAGUCGCCUUCCGGGGAAAGAUGGAUUGUGGAGAUCGCUACCCCGUAUACGGAUUGGUGCAAAAGGUGCAAAUGGUACUUCCACACAGAAGUCAAUUGCCCCAGAAUCCGUCAAGGAGAGGAAAGAGGCGGAAGUCAGAUAGCUGGAUCCGGGGGUCACAAGGUGAGGCUCACACAGUAUCAACAGAGACAGGAGAGACAGGAGAGGCAAGCAGGAUCCCAUGCAGCGAACAUGGGCGAAGCAACGGCGUCCCAGCCAGCAGCGGCAGUGAACAGGCCUCAAGCCCAGGAGCCCAGAUGGUCGGAUCAAGUGGGAACGAGAGAUAGGUUCAUGUGGAGCAGUCAAGAGGCUAGAAGUGGAGACAGGUCGAGACAAGGCGAACAGAGCGGCCAUCCGGUACGAGAGCAAGGCCAGAAUUCUCAGGGAGCUGGACGGGAACCAAGGGGAAUGAUCCUGGAGGAGGGGCAGGGCGUUCGAGACCACGUGUACCAUGGCUGCUGCUAGGCGGACAAGGUGGAUACUUGAUACCGGAGGACCACACAGGAGGCCCAUCGUUCAUGGCACCAUGGUUGGGAAAAUCAAACUGGCUCAAUGAC